GUAAAGCCGUGCGCCGCCCCCCUCUUCCCCCUCCUACUCGUCAGAUGGAGUGCAAAAUAUUUAUACUCAAUUUACUCGUGUUGGGUAUAAUAACAUUAAACCACUAUGGAUGUGCUGCAGAAGUGUCAGGGUGUGGACAGCGGCCGCUGGUGGAUGCCCCGGGGGGGUCCCGCAUAGUGGGUGGCCAGAUUGCGCCUGAAGGCGCGUGGCCCUGGCAGGUCAGCAUCCAGAGAGGGUUCUUCCACACCUGUGGCGGCAGCGUGCUCGACUCCCACUGGGUGGUAUCAGCUGCUCACUGUUUCUAUGAUGAUCCAUCUCCACUGAAUCUACAGGUGUUGGCUGGUCAACAGUUCCUGUUAAAUAUGGGACAACAUGCCCAGUAUAGAAGUGUCAAAAAAAUAGUAAUUCACAGUGAUUACUCAGAUUUGACCUUUGAUAAUGACAUUGCUCUUCUGCAGCUGAGCAAGCCCCUUCAGUUUACAAACUAUGUGCAACCUGUGUGCACUUUUGCAAACCAGACAGAGGAAGAAAAGUUGAAUUUGAGCAUGUGUUUCAUCACUGGCUGGGGAGCCACCGCUUAUGAAGGGCCUACUGAGGUGAAUCUGCGUGAGGCCGAGGUCCAGCUGAUCCUCAGGGAGACGUGCAACCAGCUUGGCUGGUACUACGGCACCAUCACUCCCAACAUGGUCUGUGCUGGCUACGAGGAGGGAGGCAUUGACACCUGCCAGGGAGACAGUGGGGGCCCACUGCAGUGCUACAGUGAAGAGCAGGACCGCUUCUACCUACUGGGGCUGACCAGCUUCGGAUCGGAGUGCGCUAGGCCCAAGAAGCCUGGAGUGUAUACGCGAGCCUCCAUGUACACAGACUGGAUGCACAGAAAAGCCAAAUCGUCCUCCCCUGCUCUGGUUGUGCACGCCAUCUUCAUCCAUAUAACGGCAGUUUUAACCACUCUGUGGAUGUUAACUGUAGCCUGAAAAAUAAACACAGCAUUACCACAGGA